CAAGUUUCAAAGAAAGGAAGCCAUGGCUGCUGCUAAGUUUAGUAUCAAAACUACAUCACCAUUCUUCCUAGUUCUGUGUUUAACUGUGUUCCUAUUUUUUACUUUGUCAUGCUUUGCUGAUCCAGACGAGCUACAAGACUUUUGUGUUGCUGACUUGAAUGCCACAACUAUCCUGAAUUGGUUCCCUAGCAAGCCGGUGUCCGAAGUUACAUCAAAUGAUUUCUUUUAUAGUGGCUUGGUGAAAGAAGCAAGCACAGCGAAUCCCUUAGGGCUUGGAGUGAGAUUAGGUGAUGUUAAUAAUUUCCCUGGGUUAAACACCGUUGGACUUUCGGUAAACCGAGCCGACUUUGCACCUGGUGGAGUGAUUCCACUGCACACACACCCUCGCGCAAGUGAAGCUGUAUUUAUCAUAAAAGGGGAAGUUCUUGUCGGGUUCAUAACUACUACUAAUGUUUUGUACUCAAAGGUUCUCAAAGCUGGAGAGAUGUUUAUUGUUCCGAAAGGACUUGUGCACUAAUUUCUAAAGAACGUUGGACGGGGGAAGGCUAGCGGGCUAGCUAUUUUCAAUAGUCAACUGGCCGGAACUGCAAUACUUGCUAAUAACCUCUUUGGUUCUAAGCCAACAACUCCUACCGAUAUCUUGGCUAAGAACUUCCCAGUUGAUGAGAACGUCAUCACCAGCAUAAAAUCCAAGUUUGGUAACUAAGCAAGAUAACUGAAUUUGUAUUCGUUUAUUUGUAAUAAGGAACACUAGAUUUGUGCUCGUGAGACGCACCGGGUAUUUUUUCCUUUUAACUUGGUGUGCCAGGGACUUCCUCGACCCCGUGAUCAUGUAUUUUUGAUUUGGUGUGUGCGGGGCUUCGUCCUGCCCCGUGGUCAUGUAUUUUUUAUUUUGUGUGAGCGGUGCUUCGCCCGCCCCGUGGCAAUGCAUUUUUUAUUUCGCGUGCCUGUCCCAUGGCGAGCCAUUUUAU